AUGACUCUCCAUAUCUCAAAACCCAUUCAACUCCCCCUCUCGAAAGAGGAUCUCGAUGCUAUCAACAUCCACCUCUCCCCGAUGACCCCAGAAGAGAUCUUGGGGUGGGCUUUGGAUUAUCUCCCUGGACUACACCAGACCACCGCUUUCGGUCUGACUGGCCUAGUGGCCAUUGAUGUGCUGUCAAAGCUCACAUCAUCACCUCCACCUCUGAUUUUUCUCGAUACCCUAUAUCACUUCUCGGAGACCUAUGAAUUGGUGGAAGAAGUAGAAUCGAGGUACAACGUCCCCGUACAUGUGUACAAGCCAGAUGGAUGCGAGACCGUGGCGGAUUUUGAGGCGAAGUAUGGCGAAAAAUUUUGGGAAAAGGAUGACAGUUCAUAUGACUUUGCUGUCAAGGUUGAACCUGCUCGACGUGCAUACAAAGAACUAGGCGUACAAUCUGUAAUCACAGGUCGUCGCGCAUCCCAGGGCGGCGACCGCGCGUCCCUCCAACCUCUCGAAGUCGACUCUACAGGUUUACUAAAAUUGAACCCUCUCUUCUCAUGGAACUUCCACCUCGUCGAGUGGUAUAUCACCGAAAACAAAGUCCCACGAAACAAAUUGCUCGAUCAAGGAUAUCGGAGUGUUGGAGACUGGCACAGUACGUCUAAAGUGGGUGAGGGGCAAGAUGAGAGGGCGGGGAGGUGGGCUGGGAAGGAGAAGACGGAGUGUGGGCUUCACAAAGAUUAUUUUGCGAUGAAGGCGCAGGCGAGGCUCACGGCGGCAGGUACGUCGAAUGAGUGCUAA